GUCCAAUACGGAACGCACUGCUUAUAGAAUUUGCUCCCACACGGACACAUAUACCAUUCAUUAGCUACGUAGCGGAGAUGGCAGCUCUGAGGACGGCACUUCAUGGACGGUUCAUUCAAGCCUUCCCCUACUCUAUGGGGUCGUUGCGGUUUGCCAGCUCAUUCAAGGCCGCAGACCUCACUAUCGAGCGCAACACUGCGGGGAAGCCCAAGCCAGACCCCGCCUCCCUGGUGUUUGGCAAGCAGUUUUCAGACCACAUGCUGACCAUCUAUUGGUCAGAGAAAGAGGGCUGGAAGGUUCCCCAGAUCAAGCCCUUUCAGAACCUGUCGCUGCACCCUGCCACCUCUGCCCUGCACUACUCCAUAGAGCUGUUUGAGGGCAUGAAGGCGUUCAGAGGGGUGGACAAUCACAUCCGUCUGUUCAGACCCAACCUGAACAUGGAGAGGAUGCACCGCACUGCUGAACGCAGCUGUCUCCCUUUGUUUGAUAAGGUGGAGCUGUUGGAGUGCAUCAGGAAGCUGGUGGAGGUGGACCAGGACUGGGUCCCCUACUCCCUAGACGCCAGCCUCUACAUCAGACCCACCUACAUUGGGAUUGAGCCUUCCCUGGGUGUGUCGAGGGCCAGCCAAGCCCUACUAUUUUGCAUCGUGGGUCCUGUAGGGCCCUACUUUACCACAGGGGCCUUCAGCCCAGUCUCUCUGCUGGCAGACCCAAGCUAUGUCAGGGCCUGGAGAGGGGGCGGAGCCUACAAGAUGGGGGGUAACUAUGGGCCUACUAUAUCAGUGCAGAAUGAGGCCAUAAAGCAGGGCUGUCAGCAGGUCCUGUGGCUGUAUGGAGAGCAGGAGGAGAUCACAGAGGUCGGCACCAUGAACCUCUUCAUCUACUGGACGAAUGAGGGAGGAGAGAGAGAAUUGCUGACUCCUCCUCUAGAUGGCAUCAUUCUCCCAGGAGUCACCAGACAGUCUCUGCUAGACCUGGCCAGAGAAUGGGGAGAGUUCAAAGUGACAGAGCGCACCAUGGGCAUGAAGGAGCUGCUCGGUGCUCUGGACUCAGGCAGGAUUACGGAGGUGUUUGGUGCCGGGACGGCCUGUGUGGUCUGUCCCGUCGGCAGCCUGCUCUACAAAGGGAAGACCUACCAAAUUCCUACAAUGCAGAAUGGUCCAGAUCUGGCCAAGCGAUUCCACAAAGAGCUGACAGACAUGCAGUAUGGCCGGAAACAGAGUGUAUGGGCACCACUGGUUGUUUAAUUGGCAGUUUGCACAUGCCAAUCAUAUCGCGACCAGUCCCCCGCUCCAUCUUCAAGACCAGCAGCUUCAGCACAACCCAUAAUGCACUCCUUCUGAUAGGCUGGCAGAGAUGAACAGGUCACGUCUGUUACUCUUGGGGACUGCGGGGACUUUUAAAGGGAUAGGGUUAGUCUGUCAUUCAAAUGUUGCAACUUGCAUGGAAUACCGACAGUUACACAAUACUGUAUAAGUAAUGCUGUGAAACGGCUGCAGCUUCGGUUCAACCAACCUAGUCUAGUCUGUAUUAGGAACAAAGUCAGUCUUCUUCCUAUUCAGUCCUUUAUCAUACUGUAGCACAGGUUACAGAAGAAAUCGUCCUCCAAGCUUUUUAAUAAACACUACAUGAGAUGGUCUAUAGGGUUGUCCAUGCUAUUGGACACAAACUAUUGUUGUAAUAGUUUAAAUAUGCAAUACACACAACUAUUGUAGGGGAUUACUGGUAAGUUAUUGGUCAUUUGCAAUAUGGGAAUAACUUUUACAGGUACUUAAUAGGAACAAUUGAAUCUGUUAGACAUUUUCACUGGCUGACAUAAGGAAUAUGUUGACUGUAGGAACGGAUCAGAUCAAAACCACGUCACAGGAUUUGUUACUUUCUAAAUAUCACUCUAUAACCUGAGGAAGUAGAAUAUGAUUUAAAAGACUUUUUGUUGUUGUAGAACCUAUGUAUAUCAGGAAUACAAAUGGUUAUACAUACCAUAUUGACACCAGAGGUGCUUUUCAACAAUCUCCUAGAAAUGAGUUUACACUGACCUUAGUUUGAUUUAAGUCAAGUGUGUGACUGAGCAGAAGAAAGUCAGUCAAGUGAUCGUGUGUCUUUCUGGAUUGGAAAGAUGCCACUAAGAAAGUGAUGUUGAAAAGAUUGAGAUUAAAAUGGAAAGGUCCAAGUGAACUCAAGCAUACACAAAGAGGUUAGCUAUAGUUACAUGAUGUACUUAAGCAAUAAGGCCCGAGGUAUAUGGCCAAUAUACCAUGGCUAAAGGCUGUUCAUAUGCGCAUUGCGGAGUGCCUGGACUCAACCCUAAGCCGUGGUAUAUUGGCCAUAUACCACAAACCCGAGGUGCCGUAUUGCUAUUAUAAACUGGUUACCAACUUAAUUAGAGCAGUAAAAAUACAUGUUUUGUCAUACCCGUGGUAUACGGUCUGAUAAACCACGGCUGUCAGCCAACCAGUUUAUAAUGUAGACUUCAGAGUACGAGAGAGACCACGUUCAAUAGAUGCUAUAGACUGUGACUUCUGCACUAGGUUGUGUGUAAUCAUUAUGUAAACUUAAGGUAACAAUGAGUAGUUAUUUUUUUGUCUGUGGGUUUUUCUUGUCAAUUGGAACAACAGUCUUCCCAAUUAUUAACUGUAUAUCCAGGUUUAUGUCCUCAUCCUGCUGCUUUCCUUUCUAUUAAUGUAUUUGCCUCUUUCAUAUCGCUUGGUUUUCUCCAUUCCUCCCUAAGUGCCUGACCGGGUGUGUGGACUGUCGUUGUCCUGUGGAUCUAACUUGUUUUUAGUUGUUGCACUAGGCUAUCCUGCUGGAUCUUUGUGUUUUUGUUGUGGGACAUUGUUACUAGAUUUUUACAAUAAACUCCAUCUGUGGUC